UUAUCACAGAGGACUGACUGAAAUGGGUGCAAACAUGCUGCUGAAAAGUGGAUCUCUUCUGCUGCUUGUUUUGGUUGCAUCUGCGUUUGCAUCAGAUCAAGAACCUGCACAACCAAGACGAGCUCGGUUUUCAGCCAACAGCCCUACUGAUGUUGCCCGCUGCUUGAACGGUGCGAUCCAGGUGGGCUGUGCAAGCUUCGCAUGUCUGGAGAACUCCACCUGCGACACUGAUGGCAUGCACGAAAUCUGCAACAGCUUCUUCCACACAGCUGCAAUAUUCAAUACAGAGGGUAAGACUUUUGUGAAAGAAAGCAUCAGGUGCAUUGCCAAUGGCAUCACUGCCAAGGUUUUCCAGACCAUCAGGCGUUGUUCCACCUUCCAGAAGAUGAUUGCUGAAGUGCAGGAGGAAUGCUACAAGAAACUUGACCUGUGUGAAGUGGCCCGAUCCAACCCUGAAGCCAUCGGUGAUGUGGUCCAGGUGCCGAGCCACUUUCCAAACAGGUACUAUAGCACACUUCUGCAGAGUUUAAUGGAGUGCGACGAUGACACCGUGGAGGUGGUGCGAGCCGGAUUGGUGUCCAGACUGGGCCCUGACAUGGCCACCCUCUUCCAGCUGCUACAGAACAAACCCUGCCCAUCUGAACCUGCGGCAGCCGGGCCUAUUGCCAUGGAUGGCCACGGUGCUUUCCGCUGGCCUCCCAUGUUCAAGAUCCAACCCAACCUUCGCAACCGGGACCCCACGCACCUCUUCGCCAGGAAGCGUUCAGUUGAAGGGAGCUCUUAGAUGGCCGCACAUUCAGUUUGUUAACAGCUCCCUAUUUGCACAGUCAUGCGUACUGUAAUACUGAUAAGAGGGUAAAUAGUUAUUAGUGCAUAUAAAAAUACUUAAAAAUUAUUUGCUUACAUGUAUUGGAUACUUCAACUGCAUUACAUUGAAUUUACAUCCCACAAGUCAUUUAUUGCAUAAUUUACUUUUAUUAUUAAAUGUUUAUGGCCUAGUGCAUUUGGAUGAUCUAUGUAGAUAAAUGACCCCUGACCCGUUAACCAACUUGUAGUGGCAGGCUAAAAAAAUAUAUUUAUUAGUGUUCAUCGAGUAAUUUAUAUUUAUUUUUCCUACCAAAUGUAAUUUAUAUAGUUUACGAUUGUUUGUUUUAGCGUUCCAAAAUUCUUUAUUCUUUAAGAGAGAAAAAAGAUUUAUGUGGGGAGAUAAGUUUCUUAUGCUGGUCGUAGGAAAUCUUAUAUAGG